CCGCCUGCGCCCCCUGUUUGCUGUUCUCCCCACAGUGUGAGCGCGACAGUAAAGCAUCUGCACAAGGCAGGGCCAGGAUGGGGACGCCUGGAAAAGCCAAAACCCAGGCCGGGAUUGCUCAGGACAGAUGAAAGGGCCUCUCGGGCAUUCCAAGGGUUGUCGUUAAGCGGCAGCUUUUUCGUUAAGGCUGAGAAACCGCUGGCGGUUCCCUCUGCCAAUGGCUGUGGCCUGUGGCUCUGACGCCACAAAGAGCCCUUGUGACGGCACCGGCACCGCCUGCAUCAGGCCCGCCCGGACUGCGCCUGUGUCCUCAGGAGCCGGGAAGCUCUGGACAGUGACCUGUGCACUCCGGACGACGAGAGAGACAGGACAUAAAGCAAAAAGCUACCAGGCAUUUCAGGCGCUGGGGCGGGACACCCACACCAAGGUGACGCUGGCGCUGCACGAGCUCACGGGCACGAAGGUGCACAUCAGGGGCGUCCGGAAGUCUGAGCUGCCUGACCUCCGCCUCCUGGCCCGCUAUAUGCGGUGCAUGAAGGCCCUUUAUCACCCGAACAUCGUGGAGCUUUUCCAGGUGGUGGACACCAGGCAGGAGCUGCAGCUCGUCAUGGAGUACGUGCAGAGGGAAGACCUGCAGGACUUCCUGAGCGAGUGUGGGCGCCUGGAGGAGAGCGAGGCCCGCCCGAUCUUUCAGCAGAUCCUCGCGGCCCUCAGCUACUGCCAUGCCAAAGGCAUCGCGCACCGGGAUGUAAGGCCCCAAGAACGUUGUGCUGACCCGAGAGGGAAAAGUCAAGCUGGCAGACUUCGGGCUCAGCGUCCAGGGCUUCAACCGGGCGCUGAGCACGUGCUGCUGUCACCCAGAACACAGGGCCACUGAGGUCUACCUUGG